AACCCGGAUGUAUCCGGACCGUGGAGUUGGCAGUCCGGGUUUAGAGCUUUGGGGACUGUUGGGGUACUGGCAACCUGGGCGAAUGGCGCAGGGUUGGGCAGGCUUCUCUGAGGAGGAGCUGAGGAGGCUAAAGCAGAAUAAAGCUUCAUUUGAACCUCCACGCCGUCUCCCUGUAAAGAAAACUCGACAACAGCUUCAGCGAGAAAAGGCCCUACUAGAGCAGAGCCAAAAACUUGGACUUCAAGGUGGCCCAGCGUCAUUACCUCCAGAGCAACUGCUGUCUGCCCCCAAACAGAGAAUCACCACUCCGGAACCACAUUCUCCCCCAGCUAGGACUUGUCCUAGCCCUGCUGCACUUACCUCUCCUGUUGGUGACGGGGAACUGUUGGGUACUGAAAAUCAGCCCAGGAAAGCAGGGCUUGAGAAUUCCCGUGAUGGCCAAGAAAACUGUGAGGUUCUGCCUCCAAAGACAGAUUGCAAAUCGGAGAAAAAGAAAGUGGAAUUGCAAGAAAAAUCUCGUUGGCAAGUCCUCCAGCAAGAACAACGAUUAAUGGAAGAGAAAAAUAAACGUAAGAAAGCUCUUUUGGCAAAAGCGAUUGCAGAAAGAUCUAAAAGAACUCAAGCAGAGACUAUGAAACUAAAGCGCAUCCAGAAGGAGUUACAGGCUUUAGAUGACAUGGUUUCUGCUGACAUUGGCAUCCUCAGGAACCGCAUUGACCAGGCCAGCCUAGAGUAUUCCUAUGCACAGAAACGAUUUGACAGGGCUGAAACUGAGUAUGUUACUGCAAAGCUAGAUCUCCAGCGUAAGACUGAGAUCAAAGAGCAACUCACCGAACACCUUUGUACAAUCAUACAGCAGAAUGAACUCCGAAAGGCCAAGAAGCUGGAGGAGUUGAUGCAGCAGCUGGAUGUGCAGCCCGAUGAGUCACUGGAACUUGAAGUGGAGGUGGAGAGACUGCUUCGUGAACAGGAAGCGGAAGGAAGGAAACAAGUGGUUCCUAAAGAAAGGCUGCAUCAGCCUACUACAGACAGUAUGACUGCAGGGCUUGCUAAAAAGAACAGAGCGUCUCCAGAGCAGGCCGCUUCCCCAGAGGUAGACAAACAGUGUGAGGAUUCCAGUAGCACCUCCCGUCCUCAUCCAGGGGCAAAUCAAGACAUUAAUGAUACCUCGGCCGCUCUUGCCUCAUGAAGUGCCAGUGUUCUUUUCCACUACCGUAAUACUCAGCACAGUGAAUUCCUGCAGUAGAUGGUGCCUUGACCUCCGAUAAAAUCCUUGUAAAAACUGUUAAUGUUUGGAUCCAUAAUUGGUAUGUUAUUAUGUUUGCCCUUUGUAAUUGUAAUUUAUUUCUGUGUGGCAUAUUUCACCUCGAUUUUGGUCCAGUUGUUUCAUUGUUCUUUUAACUGUUAUUAUUGGGAUUAAAUAAAUGACAAACUAAUGGAAGAGCCUAAAGGCAUUGUUUAUCCUCGACCCCACAGAAAGAAAAAAACGGAAAGAAAAUUAUGGGGCUGGAGUGGUUUUAGAGCAGGUAGGUAAAAACAAACUUCAGGGAAGCAGGAUGCGUGACACAUCUGUCAUGGCAGCACAGGGAAGAGGCAGGAAGAUAGUGAACUCAAGGCCAGCUGGCGCUGUGUGGCCUGAUCUUGUCUCCAAGAACCAACAAAAGAAAAAUGAUAUGCACUACCUAUCCUACCAUCUAACUUCCCCUGGAAGAAGUAUUGAGAACGGAAGUCCUAUUUUUUGUAAUCAGUAGAAAGACACAGAAAUUACUAUUGAGAAAGAGCUGGGUGUGGUAGUAAUCCCAACACAUGGGAGGAUCUCAAGUUCAAAUCCCAUGUGGGCAAAUUAGUGAGAUCCUAUCUCAAAAAAUAAAGGACUGGGGACGUAAUUCAGUGCACAGGGCUUGGGUUCAAUCUUCACAGUGUGGGAAAAAAAGAGACGAAGGAGAAAAUUAUCUCUGGAUCUUUGUAGCUAGACUUGUAAAACAGCAAUUUAAGGCCACAUUAUUCUUGUCCUUUUGUCUUUCAUAUGUAUUUAAAUACUUCUAUUUAUCAUGAUUUUUUGUUUGUUGACAUAAACACAUGUAGGUAUAAACAUAUAUGUGUGAUUUUACUUUUAAUAUAUUUUCUAAUCAAUGAAUUGGUUAAAUUAGGCAAUGAAAACUUCUAAAAUAAUAUAGAAUGUUUUAUUCUUUUGAUGUAUUUUCUUUCUGAAGUUAUCUGUAAUAUGUGUUUUAUAUAUUGGGCAUAAAUUAUUUUGUCAUUAAGCAAUUUAGGUUGUUAAAAUGAUGACUUAUUACUUUAAUAGAUGAUAAUUAUCCAGGACUGGUGUAUAAGCACUACAUUUUGCUCUGUGUGAUGUGUAUAUAAAUACAGUUUCAUCACAACAAUCUUUGAAUGUAUUCUAACCUAUAGUCUAUUAGAAAUUUGCAUUAAAGGGACUAUAUAAGAGAAGUUAAGUUGUAAUAUGAUACCAUGAUGUUAGGGACAUGAUGUUUUAAACGAGUUUGUUUGAAGAUUUUCUGGUAACAGAUGAGCUUUGUACUUUUAUAUAAUUUCAGUUGAAUGUAUAAAUUUCCAUUACUGACUUUUCUAAACUGAAACAUUUAUGCAGGUAGUUAUAUUUUUUAUUUAUGAAUAAUGUACAAAAAAUUGAAAAUUUCAUUGUCCAAGGCACUUAUUUUUCUAAGAAAUAAAUAUGUCUUAUGUUUUUAUUCA